CUGUUCACAGUGCUGAAUGCUCGGCGGCAGUGCUGCCCUGAAGAGGAGUCUCCUAGCAAGUAGAACACAGAGCGCUGCAACGGCAACAGCAGCUCUCUACAGCCUCCAGUCAUCGCAUAGAGUACAGUCUGUAGUCUGUAGUCGUGUUGGUGGAACGAAAAUAACAGCCCGUCGUCUGCUUCAAUGAGUACGUUCAGACAGCAAAACCGGGCUGAAGUCACCCAAAGGAGCACGCAGUGUGUGUAGUCGUUGUUCGGCGGAGCUCUCUGUGCUUCAGUCCGUCGGAGGGAAAGUGCUGAUUCCAAGGCUCAAGAAGCGCUAAACGGGAAAACAUGAUGAAUGGGAUGAGAUAUUAUUUUCCUGUCUUGCUUGUUCUGGUGGCGGUGGUGAAAGACACGGGCGCCAGAGCCUUUGCCUCUGAGGAUAGUCUCUCCAUCACUCCUGGGGGCAUUCCCAACCUUUACCCUACCACCCAGGACACAGACAGGAGGCUCCCUGUGGUCACCACUGCACCGCCAAUCAACAUCCUGAAUCAUCACCCACUCUACCGGAACCCGCCCCAACACCAGGCCCACCCAGGCCCUCGUGGUCAGGCAAAGUACCUUGAAGACAGUGGAGGAUCAAGCUCUCAGCUUUCCACGUCACAAUCCAGGAGAACACUGGACAACAGUGAUGAAAGGAUUUCAGAUGAGACUCCUGAAAGCUCCAACAUGCAAGCAACCCUUUCCAUACAUGCAUUAGCAACCACUUCUCUCUCCAGUGCACUUCUUCCAGUUACCAGCAGGGUUUUGAAAGGCCCCAAACAUUCUACCAUUAUCACCUCCAGUGAUACUGCUGCAAGGGAAAAGAUUGCAGGGGCAGGCAGUGAUGAAGAGGAGACAACCACCACCACUAUCACAACCACCACCAUCAUCACCACCAUGCAGAGUCCAGUUCCCUGCCAGCUGAACCUGACUGGUCCAGAAGGCUACAUCGAGGCUCCACCACACACCAAUUCUGCUUUUUACUUUACAACUGACUGCAACUAUAUCGUCACUGUCUAUACGGGCUAUGGAGUGGAGGUCCAGGUGAUGAAUGUGAAUCUUUCUGAAGGAGACAAAGUGAUCUUUGAAGAUGUUCUAAACAGUGAGAACACAGUGCUGGCCAACGAGUCCAUUCUAAUGAGGGGUUUGGUAGUAAGAAGUCACAGCAAUCAGAUCUCCAUCCGCUUCCACAGCAUCAAUCCUCAGGCUGGAGCUGUCCUUGUCAGAUAUCAAGCCUUCGUGUUGAGCUGUGUCUUCCCCAAGCAGCCUCUCUAUGGUGAUGUAUCAGUGAGCAGUCUCCACUCUGGAGGGCAGGCUUUCUUCUCCUGUUUGACGGGCUACAAGCUGCAAGGUUCCUCUGUGUUGAUCUGCCGCAAUUCUAGCACACCCUACUGGAGUGGGAAGGAACCAAAGUGCCUAGCUGCCUGUGGAGGUCUGGUGAGGAACAUCACAGUUGGUCGGAUUGUCUCUCCUGGUUUUCCGAGCAACUACAGCAACAACCUAACCUGCCACUGGCUGCUGGAGGCCCCUGAGGGCCAGAGGCUCCACAUCCACUUUGAGAAGGUAGCGCUGGCUGAGGAUGAUGAUCGGCUCCUGAUCAAGAAUGGCAACAGCAUAAAUGCAGCCGUACUGUAUGAUUCCUAUGAGGUGGAGUAUUUGCCUAAUGAAGGGCUCCUUAGCACAUCUAGGCAGCUCUUCAUUGAGCUUACUACAGAUGCCACAGGAACAUCGACUGGCAUAGCCAUUAGGUAUCAAGCUUUUGCAGCGGGUCACUGCUAUGAACCCUUUGUGAAGUACGGUAACAUGACCAGCACUGACAACACCUGGUCAGUAGGAGCUGUGGUGGAGUUUGCCUGUGACCCGGGGUAUACUCUGGAACAGGGAUCUGUCACCAUUGAAUGCAUGGAUCCUAACAAUCCACAGUGGAAUGAGACUGAGCCUGCUUGCAGAGCUGUGUGCAGUGGUGAGAUCACAGACUCAGCUGGUGUGGUGCUCUCUCCCAACUGGCCUGAAUCCUAUGAUAAAGGCCAGGACUGUAUCUGGGGAAUCCACGUUGAGGAGGACAAGAGGAUCAUGCUAGAUAUUCAAGUGUUAAAUAUCGGGAAGAAUGACCUGUUGACCUUUUAUGAUGGGGAUGACCUUACAGCCAAAUUGCUGGGUCAGUAUGGAGGAUCAAAGUCCCGCUUUAAGCUCUACACCUCCACUGCAGAUGUCACCAUCCAGUUUCAGUCUGACCCUGCCACUAACGUCUAUGGCUAUGGAAAUGGUUUUGUGGUCCACUUCUUUGAAGUAGCUCGUAAUGACACUUGCCCUGAGCUCCCUGAGAUCUCUAAUGGCUGGAAGAGUACAUCUCACCCUGAGUUGGUUCAGGGCACCGUAGUGACUUACCAGUGUUACCCUGGUUAUCAGGUGGUAGGCUCCGAACUACUCAUGUGCCAGUGGGACCUCACCUGGAGCGGCGAUCUCCCGAGCUGUGAGAGAGUGGUGUCUUGUACUGACCCUGGAAAGGUGGAGCAUAGCAGACGGGUGCUGUCAGGUACUCAUUUCACCGUAGGUUCAACUAUCCAGUAUAUCUGCAACAAGGGCUUCACUCUGUCUGGAAACAGCCUGCUAACCUGCUUCAGUCGGGGAUCAUCAGGACCCAGGUGGAGCCAGAAGCUACCUAGAUGCCUGCCUGAGACCUUCGAGCCUUGCAAUCAUCCAGGAACCCCCACCUAUGGGAUGCCCAGCUCUAAUAAGCUCCACUUCCAGGCUGGAGAGACCCUGCAUUAUUCCUGCCAGAGGGGCCAUCAGCUGCUGGGUGAACCUAUUCUCUACUGUGUCCCUGGACACCCGUCCCAGUGGAGUGGGCUGCCACCUGUCUGCAAAGCCCACCCAACAGAGUAUGAUAAGCACAGAGUAGCUGUACCUACUGCAGACCUAAGGAUGGAAGGAGCCCAAGUAGCAUUGGCUGUCUUCAUCUCCAUCGCCUUCUUCCUCAUCCUCAUCAUUGGGCUCUACCUUUAUUUUUCAAAGUUCCAGAGGAAGCCACUAAGACUCACGCUGUACUCCAACUUACCAUAUGAAAAUAUCACUGGAGAGUCUACACUUUAUAACUCAGUUUAUGAGACAAUGGAUUCCAGAGAAUACGAGGUUUCUAUCUGAAGACUCCAGUGUAUGCGUGUGUUUAAUGGACAGAUAAGACGCCUGCUGGCCUUUUCAACAUCCCCCACACUUAUUCCUUUGGUAACUCGCUUGACACCUCCACGCUGGUUUCUCUACACUGAAUAUGAACUUUUCUUUAUUUACCUGACAGAGACCACCACAGCACCCCUGGAAAAGCUGAGCCACCAGAAUAUUUUUCUAGUUCUUCAACAGUUACCGUCCAGCAGCAGUUUGUACAGUUUUUAACACUGUGCUCACAUCCUGAGAACUUUCGGUGCAAAGUAACAUCUCAGAAAGCAGAGGGAUGAAUGCAAAGCAAUGCCAUUAAGUGCAUAUAACCACAGGUGUUAGGCUGUGUUUUGUACAUUAUACACAUUGUCGUCUAGCACCAUUAAAGGAACAAUGCUUACGGAUUGUUGGGAUGCGGUACAUUGGUAUAUUAAGAUUUUACACUUUAAUGUUAGAAAAAAGCAACAGUAUAAACAAUUAUCUGAUUAUCCCCAAACUGUUGUUGCUUGAAUCUGUUCUUUGACAAAUAAAAUGUCUUAAAUAAAAGACCUUUGAAGGAAUAUUUGUCUCUCUAAAAGGGUGAUGUUCUCAUGUCUGUAUGUUCAGCACAGUGAUCAAUGCAAUAUAUAAUUUGCUUAGAUUAGCAUAAAAACUGAAAGCAGGGAGAAACAGCUAGAGCUCAAAGAUAAACCAAAACUCCACAGCUCCAUUUAAAAACAAACUACUUCUGGUAACAAUGACUCAAGCUGGAAAAAAAAAAAUUAAAGCCCCUUUUAUAGUUUUAUGGAUUUCUUAACCUUUUCAUUCUUUCACUGUGUUGAAAGAUGAUGAUUGUUCUGUAGAGAUUUGCUGAAAAACUAAAGAAAAUAAUUAAACGCUGUUAUAGUUUAUUGCUAAUCUAAACUGUCAUUGGACGGUGAGUGCAAGGCUAUGAGUGAAUAUCCAAUGACAAGAUUUUGCGACUUUAUAUUACCAGUUACACCUCAGAUGGUGGACUUUGGGCAGAUUUUAAAAUAGUAUAAGACGAAUGAUAAGUUGUCUGUUGUGUCUCCAGCUGUUUUAGCUAUCAAAUGCUAGCAGACUAAUGAGCCUAUUAUUGGCUUUUCAGUCAGUUUUCAGUAAAUUUGUAUGUAACAUGGUAUUACAUUCAAAACUUAUUUUUUUGCAAUAAUGAAGCAAUAAUUUCCAACAUAGCAACCAGUACACUUUUAGUAAUGGUAUUUAGUAACUGAUAAAAUAUUUAUUUUCCAUCUUUAAGAAGAUUCUGUGCUAUUUGAACAUUCGUCAGCUACAGCCAAGAAUGGUUUUGUAUCUAGCAUCCAGUGGUCUUCAUUGGAAUUGCUUUUUUUUUUUUUUUGCACUUAGUAUGCUAUAAUUUUUUUUUCCUUCCAUGUAUUUAUUGAGUUUUAAACUUUACACUGACACCAUCAUUAAACAAAACAAAACCAACAUAACAGGACAAAACAAAAUAGACAAAACAAAACAAAACAAACAACCUGGCUCAAGAAUACAAAUAAAUAAAUGGAAAAUCCAGACACUUUGAUUAUGAGAUACAAUUAACAAUACACAUAUAUGUAAAAUAG